AUGACCAGUUUUUUAACAAGUAGAUUUGGUGGAUUAGCAUUAAGAAAUGUUAUGAAUAAUAAAAAUGGAAUCAAUUCAUUUGGAUUAAGAUGUUUUUCAACAAAUUCAGUGAGUGGAUUAAGAAAUAUUGGUAUUUCAGCACAUAUUGAUUCAGGUAAAACCACAUUAACUGAACGUAUUCUUUAUUAUACAGGUAGAAUUAAGGAAAUUCAUGAAGUUAGAGGUAAGGAUGGUGUUGGUGCUAAAAUGGAUUCAAUGGAUUUAGAAAGAGAAAAAGGUAUUACAAUUCAAUCAGCUGCCACCUAUUGUAAAUGGGGUGAAAAUCAUAUCAAUAUCAUCGAUACACCAGGUCACGUAGAUUUUACAAUUGAAGUAGAGAGAGCAUUACGUGUUCUUGAUGGUGCUGUUUUAGUUAUGUGUGGUGUAAGUGGUGUACAAAGUCAAACCAUCACUGUAGAUCGUCAAAUGAGAAGAUACAAUGUUCCACGUGUUGUUUUCAUUAAUAAAUUAGAUAGAACUGGUGCUAAUCCAUGGAAUGUUAUUGAACAAUUAAGAAAGAAAUUAAAUUUAAAUGCUAUUGCACUUCAAGUACCAAUUGGUAAAGAAUCAAAUCUUGAAGGUGUUAUUGAUUUAGUUACUGAAAAAGCUAUGAUUUUUGGUGAAAAAGGUACUGCACCAAUUAUUGAAGAAAUACCAUCAAAUUUUGUAGAAUUUGUUAAAGAAAAAAAAAUGGAAUUAGUUGAAACAAUUGCAAAUGUUGAUGAUGAAUUAGGUGAAUGGAUGAUUGAAAAUGAUUUUCCAAAUAAUAUGCCAGAUGAAAAAACUUUAACAGCAGCAAUUCGUAGAACAACAAUUGCACGUAAAGUUGUACCAGUUAUGAUGGGAUCAGCAUUUAAAAAUACAGGUGUUCAACCAUUAUUAGAUGGUGUUAUUAAAUAUUUACCAUCACCAAAUGAAAAGAAAAUCAUUGCAUUGGAUACAUCAGUUAAAGAUAAAGAGACAGAGGUUGAAUUGGAAUCAGAUCCAAAGAAACCAUUUGUUGGUUUGGCAUUUAAAUUGGAAGAGGGUCGUUUCGGUCAAUUAACAUAUAUGAGAGUUUAUCAAGGUACCUUAAAGAGAGGUGAUACCAUUAAGAAUGUAAAUUUGGGUAAAACCAUUAAAGUACCACGUUUAGUUAAAAUGCAUGCCUCUGAAAUGGAGGAAGUAUCAGAGGUUGGUCCAGGUGAAAUUUGUGCAAUGUUUGGUGUUGAUUGUUACUCUGGUAACACAUUUACCCAUCAAAAUUGUUCAUACACCAUGACUUCAAUGCAUGUUCCAGAGCCAGUUAUGUCACUUUCCAUUCAACCAAAAUCAAAGGAUGGUCAAGCCAAUUUCUCAAAAGCACUUUCUAAAUUCCAAAAGGAAGAUCCAACCUUUAGAGUUAAAUCUGAUCAAGAAUCUGGUCAAAUCAUUAUCUCUGGUAUGGGUGAACUUCAUUUGGAGAUUUACGUCGAACGUAUGAAGAGAGAAUAUAACGUUGAAACCGUCACUGGUAAACCAUUGGUAGCCUAUCGUGAAACCAUUCAACAAAGAGGUGAUUACAAUUUCACUCAUAGAAAACAAUCUGGUGGUCAAGGUCAAUAUGCCAAGAUGAUUGGUUUCGCUGAACAAUCUGAAAAUGGUAUGGAAAAUGAAUUUGUAAAUGAUGUCAUUGGUACUGCCAUUCCACCUACAUUUAUUGAAGCAAUUAAAAAGGGUUUCAAAGAUUGUAUUGAAAAAGGUCCAUUAAUUGGUCAUCCAGUUGUUGGUGUUAAAUUUGUUGUUUCCGAUGGUAAUACUCACAGUGUAGAUUCAAGUGAGUUGGCUUUCAGAAUUGCAACUGCUGGUGCUUUCAAAGAAGCUUUCGAAGAUGGUGAACCAACCAUUCUCGAACCAAUCAUGAAAGUUGAAAUUUCACUUCCACAAGAAUUCCAAGGUACAGUAAUUAGUGGUGUAAAUCGUAGAAAAGGUGCUAUCGUUAAUACUACUACUCAAGGUGAAUCUUUAACCUUUGAAUGUGAAGUACCAUUAAAUAAUAUGUUUGGUUAUUCAACUGAAUUACGUUCAAUGACUCAAGGUAAAGGUGAAUUCUCUAUGGAAUAUUUAAAACAUACAAAUGUUUCUCGUGAAUUAUAUAAUCAACUUUUAGAAGAAUAUAAAAAGAAAAGAACUGAAGAAAAUAAAUAA